CCAACGACUGCGAGAGCACACGGUAUAAGCCAAACUGUAGGACAGCUUGGAGGCCUGCCAGUGGCAACAACAAUCUCAACAACAACAAUCUCAACAACAGCAAACAAAAUGACCAAACUAGAGGCAGAGCAGGAAAGUGUUAAAUCAUCCGCAGACACACCCCCCACAAAAACCACAGAUCAACCAGCGGACUUUGAGACAGCCAUCGAUGCGGCUGGCUUUGGCAUGUUCAAUAUAUUGCUGCUCCUGGUGGCCGUGCCGGCUGCCAUGGGCACAGUUUAUGAGACAUCGACCAUGUCGUAUAUACUGCCCAGCGCCGAGUGUGAUCUGCAUUUGAGUCUCAUCGAUAAGGGUGUACUGAAUGCGAUCACAUAUGCGGGCAUGAUAUCAUCGGCCAUCUUUUGGGGCUAUGUGGCCGAUACGAAGGGGCGCAAAAAGCUGCUCGUCUAUGGCUAUUUGGCGGAUACGAUUUGCGUGCUGGGCGGUGCCAUCAGCCAGAAUGUGGUGCAGCUAAUGAUCUUCAAGUAUUUGGGCGGCUUCAUUAUGAGCGGACCCUUUGCGGUGCUGAUGACAUAUUUAACGGAGCUGCAUGGACGACAAUAUCGUCAGCGGAUUAUGAUGGCAGUUGGCAUUAUGUUUUCGAUAGCAACGCUCAGUUUGCCUGGCCUGGCCAUGGGCAUAUUGCCCCAAUCCUGGGAUAUUCAAAUUUUGGGCCUAUCAUUGCAUGCUUGGCAGGUAUUUGUGGCUGUCAGUGCAUUGCCCAGCAUCUUGAGCUGUGCUCUGUUCCCCUUCUUUCCCGAAAGUCCCAAGUUUCUGAUGUCACGUGGACGUAACAAAGAGGCACUGGAAGCCUUCAAGUUCAUCUAUGCAUUGAACACACGCCAGCCGCGCAACGCGUUUCCAAUAAAACAACUUGCCAAUGAAGUGCCCGCUAAACCAGAGCCGAAGCUAGACGUUGUCGAUAAAUCGCAGCCCAAGGAAGUCGCUGCUGAAGCGGACGUGGAGCUGGCCAACCGGCCACGGAGUUCGCUGCACUCGGGUCUACUGCAGCUGCGACCGCUGUUUGUCAAGCCCUAUUUGGGUCUCUCUCUUUGGGUGUAUCUGCUGAAUUUUUGCGUUCUCCUGGGGCAGAACACGAUGCGCUUGUGGCUUCCACAGCUAUUUGCCUCCAUCAACGAGUACGAGCAGCUGGCCAGCAGCCAGCAGCCGGAGUCCGGUGGCACAAGCAUUUGCAACAUAGUUGAGUACAGCGUGAAUCGUACACAGCGACAACUGGCGGCAGCUGCCCUUGAUGAUGAUCCAUUGGCCGUCUGCACGGUCAAUGUAAGUGCCGGCAGUUACACCAACAAUUUAAUUGUGGCCGCCGCUGGUUUGGUUUCCUAUACCCUGGCCGGUGUCCUGGUCAAUCUGGUGGGCUUUAAGCGGAUCAUGUCCAUGUGUCUCUUUGCCGCCGGCUCCUGUGCCCUGGGCAUGUACUGGUCGAGUUCAUCUGUGACCACCGUGGCGCUUGCCUCUGUAUUUGUCAGCAUGGGCAGCAUUUCGGGCACAUCACUUAUAAGCGCCUCCCUCAGCAUGUUUCCCACCUCAUUGCGCACAAUGAUCGUAUCGCUGAGCAUGAUGGUGGGUCGCAUGGGCUCCUUGGCGGGCAACAUAUUUUUUCCGGCAUUGAUGUCGAUGGGCUGCCUGCCGCCAUUCCUUAUGGUCAGCGCGUUUAUGUUCUGUGCCUGCCUCUUGGCCUCAUUUCUGCCAGUGAAAAACAAAGCCGUACUGAAGUAACCCGAUAUCCGUAUGCAUUAACACAAUUUCCCCCAAUCAAUUUGCUAACGGAUUGCUCUAUAUAUAUAGUUUGUUUUUAGUUUUAUUCCUGAGUUUUUCUCCUAUUUUUUCUUUUUUU